AUGUUUUGGAUUCUCUCAAGAAGACAACAUCGUAUAGGGAAAGGAGGAGCUGGGAUCGUCUACAAAGGCGUCAUGCUAACGGUGAUCAACAGUCGCCGUGAAAAGACUCGCCGCGAUGUCCCGUGGAUCUUCCCACGACCAAAGCAGAGAUUCAUACUUGGGAAGGAUAAGAUACAACAGGCACAUCGUGAGGCUGCUCGUUUUUUUGCUCUAACCACGAGACGAAUCUGCUUGUCUAUGAGAUACAUGCUUAAUGUUGUCUCGGUGAGGUGUGUGUUGCAUGAGAUGUUAAAUCGAACAACAUCCUCCUCCCAUUCAAACUUUGAAGCUCAUGUUGCUGACUUUGGUCUCGCCAAGUUCUUACAAGACUCCGGUACUUCUGAGUGCAUGUCUGUGAUCGCGGAUCUUCGGCUGCAUAGCUCCAGAUGA